UGUCAAUGAUAUCGUUGUAAAGUUGUAUAACAAAUUAAUUUUAUCAGAGACUUGAAAAUGUUUGCAUAAGUUAAUUUAAGUUCAGCAGUUACUAUUUUUGAGUCACAUAUAAGGGUAUCCAAAAUGAGGGUAGCAGUAAUUGGAGCAGGAGCAGCUGGAUUAUGUGCUGUAAGACAUCUCAUAGCCAAACCUAAAAUAUUUCAAGUGGUAGGAUUUGAACAAGGUGAGCGAGUAGGAGGCACAUGGAUUUACACAGAUAAAAAAGGACAAGAUAAAUAUGGACUACCCAUCCAUUCUAGCAUGUAUAAAAAUUUACGAACAAAUCUUCCAAAAGAAGUAAUGGCAUUUCCUGAUUUUCCAUUUGAUAAGAACCUUCCUUCAUUUGUCCGACAUGAAGAUGUUUUAAAGUAUCUAGAAGACUACACAGAACAUUUUGAUUUAUAUCCAUUUAUAAAGUUUAGAACACAUGUUGUUCAACUUUUACCUAAAAAAUGUGAGAGUCAGGUGUCAUGGGAGAUAACUUACAAUACUUUAUCUGAUGUUAAUAAAUCUCAAACAGAACAAUUUGAUGCUGUUAUUGUAUGUAAUGGUCAUUUUUCUGUACCGAUAAUACCAAACAUUCCUGGACUCGAAGGUUUUAAAGGGGAGAUAAUACACAGUCAUCUAUAUCGUGAUGCUGAAACUAUGAGAAAUAAAAGGGUUGUGUGUUUGGGUGCUGGUGCAUCAGGUCAAGAUAUCGCCAUAGAGAUAUCUUCAACAGCUAAAAUGGUAUUUCUAAGUCACAAUAAGUCACCACUCCAGUCGGUAUUACCUACUAAUAUACAACAAUGUCCAGGUAUAGACAGAGUUGAGGGUAAAACUGUUGUUCUUACAUCAGGAGAGAUUCUAGAUGUUGAUGUCAUCUUGCUGUGUACAGGAUAUCAUUAUUCCUUCCCAUUUUUAACGGAACAAUGUCAUUUAUCAGUGGAUAAAGACGAGAGAAUUACCCCGCUAUAUAAACAUUUAAUCCACACUGAAUUUCCAUCUCUUUGUUUUAUUGGAUUAUGUAAAACAAUUUGUCCGUUUCCCCAAUUUAAUGUGCAAGUUCAGUUUUUCUUAGCAUCUCUCGAUGGUUCCUUUACUCUGCCGUCCAAAGAAGAAAUGGAUAAAGAUACGGAAAAAGAUCUUGAACUGCGUCUGUCGCAAGGUUUGCCACUACGUCAUGCACACACUAUGGCGACAAGACAAUGGGAAUAUAACAAUCAACUUGCUAAAAUGGCCAACUUAGAACCUAUACCACCAGGUGUUCAAGUCUUAUAUGAUAUGGUUCAUGAAAAACGUGUGAAAAAUUUACCAGGUUAUAAAAAAAUUAAUUAUCGUAUGACAGGACCAGAAUCAUUUGAAACUAUAGAAGCGUAAUUGGUAAUAUAGAUAAAAUCUUGUAAUAUGCCGGUAAAUUGAAUCAUUGAAGGGCAUUAUGAUUUAUAUGUUAUUCUCAAUAAACAACAGAAUCUGAUUUUCACUACUAUGAGCCAAUCGGGUCAACCAAAAGGUUAAUAAACAUAAAAAUAGCCUCACAAAUUUAAUAUAUGACACCUACUGGAGCAAGAAUAAAUUAAAGUAUCUAUGAGUG